GGUGAAAUGACUGAGACAGCACCAGUGGCUCCAGCCGACCCGGUUCUAGCUCCCAUGGAAAAACCUCCGGUUAAGAAGCGAGGCAGGAAGCCGGUUGCCUUGAUGGGUGCGAGUCGAAAGACUACAAACCCUUCGGUGUCCAAGCUGAUCAUCGAGGCCCUUUCGAUGUCUCAGGAAAGAGCUGGCAUGUCCCUGGCCGCGCUGAAGAAGGCGUUGGCAGCCGCGGGCUAUGAUGUAGAGAAAAAUAACAGCCGUAUUAAGUUGGGUCUCAAGAGUUUGGUGACUAAGGGGAUACUGGUGCAGACUAGGGGUACUGGUGCCUCCGGCUCUUUCAAGCUCAGUAGAAAGGCUGCUCCUGAGCCUACCAAGGUUAGAAAGCCUGCUUCUUCCAAGGCCAAGAAGCUGGUCUUAUCUAGAGACGUGAAGUCUCCAAAGAGUGCCAAGAGCAACAAGACCGCUAAAAAGCCUAGGGCAACAACGGCUCAGAAAGCGGCUCGGAGCGGCAGGAAAGCGAAAGGAGCGAAGGCCAAACAACAACGGAAGAGUCCAGCAAAGGCCAGGGCAGGGAAUCUUAAUAAAACUGGGAAUCCGAAGUUGACCCAGCAGAAAUCAAGUUCUAGGAGGGCAACCAAGAAGUAA